AUGAGAAUCAGUACAACAGAUGAAAACUAUGAAUUAGUUGAAUCAAUGGAUACAUUUCAAUGUUCGAUUGAUAUUUCAAGUAAAACUACGGUACCAUUAACCAGAAAACAACAAAAUAUGCUUAAAAAAACCAAUAACUAUAAGACUUCUAUUUUACUUCACAAUUCAUUGGUUUUUAUUAAAAGUAAUCUUUAUAUUAAUAGUUUUCUAAAGAAAGCUAGUUCAAUAUUGGAACAAAGUUUCCUCACACCAUUAGUAAAUGAUGGAUACUUGUUAACUAUUCCAAAUGGUCUUAUUUGCAGCAAAAGCAAAGCAACUAUUUAUGUCAAAAUGAUACCUUCAGAUGAUGAUGAUUCAAAAGAAAAAUUUAUUGGGCUCUUGGCGAAAAUGAAUGAUGAACGGCUCAAUUACAACAGUUAUAUGGCAUCUUGUAAAACUAUCUCGCUCAACACGGUAGGUGCAGUGAGCGAAGGUGUCAUAGAAGUACUUCAACUAGAACGUUAUCAACGUUUAAAUAUUGAUUUUACAUCUCUUUUUCGACGUAAUGAAGGUGAAAAUGAGGGUAUACCUAGUGGUAAGACGUUUAAUGUCAAUUUAUAA